CCGGGCCGGGCCGGGCCGGACGCGCGGCCUCUGGGCUGGGAUGAGCUGCGCCUUUGCAGGCUUGUGACAGCGCCGGCCGAGCCAUGGCCAGCACAAUGUUAGCCGUGGGACUGACAAUCGCAGCUGCAGGAUUUGCAGGCCGAUAUGUUUUGCAAACAAUGAAGCAUAUGGAGCCUCAAGUAAAGCAAGCUAUUCGAAGUCUGCCAAAAUGUGCCUUCAGUGGCAGCUAUUACAGAGGUGGGUUUGAACCCAAAAUGACAAAGCGAGAAGCUGCACUGAUAUUAGGAGUAAGCCCUACAGCCAAUAAAGGGAAAAUUAGGGAUGCUCACCGACGAAUCAUGCUUUUAAACCACCCAGACAAGGGAGGAUCUCCUUAUAUAGCAGCCAAAAUCAAUGAAGCUAAAGAUUUAUUAGAAAAUCAAGCUAAGAAGUAAAGUUAAUACACAGAUAAUUUUAAAUUUAUAUAUAUACAUCAGUUACUUUAUGUGUAGGAGUCCUGAUGUUUUCUAAUAACUUCAUAAAAGCUGUAAUAUUUCUUUA